GUCAAUGAAUAUUCAUGACACCGGUCUGCUCGGUCGGGCGGGCCUCUUCCUGUUGCUGCUGCUGCUGGUGUCUACGUCUGGCUCAUCGGUAGAGAAUGUGGGAUGUGAGAUGAUGUAAUAUCUGCCAUUCUUUUUCCCGGAAGAGAAAACAUAGCACAAGUAUCGCAGGAUAGCUCUUUGCUCGGUCGUUUGGGUCCGGUUACAGCUGCAGUCGAAGAACUUGACAAACAGGUUUCUGGCAACGCCUUAUCUGUAUAUAAACGCGCCCCGGUCUUCCCACAAACCAGAAACUACAAGAAGCGCAUACACACUCCUCAAAGAGGGGAACUCCAGCAUCAUCACUGCAACUCGCCUGAUUUACGGGACAGCCAAUCCCUGCUGCAGCAUUAUAGACAAGCAGCUGCCUUCCUAAUCCGAUCAACCCGGAAUUAAAUCAGGGCACUCACAGAGGAGAAGCAACUAGACGAGAAACUCGGACUCGCUUUCAUUUCAGUUCCAGAGAGAAAAAGAAACUCGCCAAUAUGAUGAUGCAGCAGCUGACAGAGGCCCCUACCCAGAAAAACUCCCUCUUCAACGCCAUGAACCGCUUCAUCGGCGCGGUCAACAACAUGGACCAGACUAUCAUGGUGCCCAGCAUGUUGCGGGACGUCCCGGUUGAGGAGGAGGACCAGGAGUUGAGCCACUUGAAAACAGAAGAAGACGAUGGGGACAUGUACAGCCACUACCAACUGCUGAAAUCCAUCCGCAGGGACAUCGAGUGGGGCGUCAGGUGCGCUGCUGCUGACGAGAAGCGCAAGGAGAGCAUGAAGAUCACCCGCAUGAAUUCCUCUGCGUCCACCUCUUCCUCCGCAUCAUCUUCGUCAUCAUCCGAGGAGGAAGACGAGGAGGAGGACGAGGAUCUUAAGAAGCAGUUCCAGUACCACCUCACCGGGCUGCAAGGAGUGCUGUCCAAACUCACACAGCAGGCAAACUGUGUCACCAAGCGCUACAAAAAGGAGAUUGGAAUCGGUGGAUGGGGCCAGUAAACCCACGCAGUGACUUUUUAUUACACUGGCUGGACUGACUUCUAUUAAAGGGCCUUUCCUGUGCUGCUGCUGUCACUACUGAUGAAAUACAAGGACAAAGAUUUGAAUGGUAGAGAAAACAAGGCAGCUUAUUUCUCUCUUUAGGCCUACAGGGUGUUGGUCUACUCUGUGGUAUUGACUGUAGAUGUGUUGAUCCCAAGGGAAGCUUUUGUGUACUAACACCAGACUUACUUUUUGCACUCCAAAGUGUUGUACAUGACAUGUAUUCAGCUCCUGUGAUACACAGAUGAAACAUAUUUAUACCUUUUAUUUAAUGUAAUUUAUUACCUCACAUUGUAAUGUCUGAGAGCCAUAUGUAAUUUCAAAGAGAAGACUGCAUGAACUCCAGGACCCGCUGUCUGAACCGCCUCGCUGAGGGGAAUACUGACAGAAGAUUCAGCCGCCUGUAUGUGCUGCUGAUGAUGUCAGUGAGUUCAGAGUGAGCGUCUCUGUGAGUGAGAAUAGUCUUACAUCAAAUCUAAUGUGUCCAUGUCUUUGAAUUGUGCUCACUUGGAAGGAGGCAGAUGCUCACUGUAGCCGCCUGUGAUCUCCUCAUGUCCUACAUGGCCACUGAACCAGAAUCAUCUGCAUAGAUUACAAUGAGGUUUCCACAACAUGCUUUGUUGUUGUUAUUGUCUUUUAUUUGCUGUUUUUACAGUAUUACAGGAGAUGUCCAUCUGUCAAAAUAAGCAAAUGCUUUUGUAUGCACAUUCUGCACCAAUUUUGUACUGAUAUUUUGUUCCAAAAAUAAACUUUUGUAUAAAUUGAA